UUUUUUUUUUUUUAAGAUUUUAUUAUAAACCAAGAGCUGCAGGUGCUGGUGGUGCAGCAUUACCACAAAUGGCUUCCGGUCUUCAUUUUCUUAUCAUACCUUUAAUGUGCCCAGGCCACCUCAUUCCAAUGGUGGAGAUGGCCAAACUCAUAGCACAACAUUCUGUCACAGUCACCAUUGUCAUAACCCCUCGAAACGCCGAACGCUAUGGUGCGGUUCUCCAUCGCGCCAUAACGUCCGGCCUUCCUGUCAAACUCCUCCAGCUCCGGUUCCCAGCCUCUGACUACGGGUUACCCGAUGGAUGUGAAUGUGUGGAUGAUCUACCCACAUUCCAACUAUCCAAAAACUUCUUUGAUGCACUCGCCGCACUUCAAAAACCACUUGAAGAUGUGUUUAACGAGCUUAAACCGAAACCAUGUUGCAUCAUUUCGGAUAAACAUUUACCCUGGACAGCAGACGUCGCUAAAAAGUUUCGAAUUCCAUGGGUUAUUUUCGAUGGGAUGAGUUGUUUUACUCAGCUAGCCACACAUAAUCUAUGUGUUUCCAAGAUUCAUGAAAAGUUGGGUGAUUCUGACCCGUUUGUCUUGCCGGGUUUACCGGAUAACAUUUCCAUGACCAAAUUGCAACUUCCCGGACUAUUUAAUCCGGGAAGUAGCGCAAAAGCAAAGGAAAUGAAACCCGCACGCGAAAAGGUUAGAGCAACAGAAUUAGGAGCAUACGGGACGCUUAUAAACAGUUUUGAAGAGAUGGAAACAAGAUAUGUAGAUGAAUUUAAAAAGCUGAAACAAGGUAAAGUUUGGUGCAUUGGACCGUUUUCGAAUUCAAACAAGAAUGAUUUGGAUAGAGCGCAACGUGGAAGCAAAGACUCAAUCAAUACUCAUGAAUGCAUGAAUUGGCUCGAUUCUCAGCAAAGCCGCAGUGUAAUCUAUGCAUGUUUAGGAAGCCUUACACGACUAACACCACUACAGUUUAUAGAACUCGCUUUAGGCUUAGAGGAUUCACAAUUUCCGUUUGUUUUGGUAGUAAAAGGUGGAAGUAGAACAACAGAGAUAGAGAAAUGGUUGGGGGACACUGGGUUCGAGUCGCGAGUAAAAGGUAGAGGUGUUUUGAUUCGAGGGUGGGCACCACAAGUUCUGAUCCUAUCGCAUCGAGCCGUGGGUGCAUUCUUGACACAUUGUGGCUGGAACUCAACUAUUGAAGGGGUUUGCGCUGGUGUCCAGAUGAUCACAUGGCCACAGUUUGCUGACCAGUUUUUUAAUGAAAGAUUGGUUGUACAAGUGUUGGGUAUUGGUGUGGGAGUUGGUGCUCAAAGGGUAAUGGAUUUACAGGAUGAAGAUGAUGGAGCAAUGCAGGUGAAAAGGGAGGAUGUUUGCAAAGCUGUAAAAAUGGUUAUGGAUGAAGGAAAAGAAGGUGAAGAAAGAAGAGAAAAGGCUAAAUACUUGAAGCAAAUGGCUGAAAAGGCUAUAGAAGAAGGGGGUUCUUCUCAAUUUAAUUUGAACUUGUUUAUUGAAGAUAUCAGGCUACACACAAAUAAGGGUCUUGUAGGCUAAGUUACAGCAAUUGUUUGUGAUUUAUGAAGAUUUCUGCGAUGAUGCUUGAUUGAUUGCUAGUGCUUGUUUAAAUAAUUAAA